GAUGCUAUUAUUGGAUUCACAAGUCAAACUUAUGAUGUCCCAGAGGACCAGAAGGCCAAAAUUACAAUCGGAUUUACACGAGGCGAAGCAACAUCACCCGUCACUGUCCGGUUAGUCUCCAAUAUUUUGGAUUGACUCUAUCUGAUGUCGCGAUUGUAGAUCGUGCUAUACCAUAAAGACAGUUCAUCAGGCAGACGAUGUAUCUGGUGACGAUCAGUCUCUAAUAUUUAGAUCAGGCAACAUUUGCGCAAUAUAUAUUUCAUAAUUUCCAGACCGUGCGCAUAGCAGAAAGUCUGGAAAUUAUGAAAUACUCACUCACCUGAGUACACAACACUAGCGCAGAGGAGAUCAUACUCACUCGAGUUGAGAACAUUUUCUCCUUAUUAAUAGUGAACAAUAACACAAAAUAACAUAACAUAAAUAUAUACAUAUAUAUUCUAUUUCAGAUUAGAAACAAGUCCUGCCUCAGCUAGUGAUAAAGAUUUCGUUUCCAGAACUGUAAAUGUGACAUUCAAUCCAGGAGAAACAGGUCCAAAAGAAGUUGAGUUUGAAAUAAUCGAUGAUCCACUGGUAGAAAAUACAGAAUCAUUCAGUGUUUCCGUGGUAUCGACUUCUGUCUCUGGAGUAAUAUCUGGCGAACCUGCAACUGUGAAUAUCCUAGAUAACGACGGUAACUACUUCCCUAUUGCAUGCUUACUUUGUUGUCAAUAUGAGCCCUGA